AUGAACCCAAAAGAUAAACGCAAAGUUGAGUAUUUAGUGGAGUUAGAGUCGCAGUUCAUCAUGCGACUACCCGAGGAGCCUUCUAAAGUAUUGAGAGAAUUACUUAGAUCUGGUGAGAAUAUUAAAAAUCGAUUAACUAUUCAGAUUGAAAACGAUAUGCGAAAUGGAGAAGUGAGAUUUGAUCAUUGGCUUAUGCAUGCCAAGAUCGUGGACUUACCUACAAUAACAGAAUCUUUGAAAACAAUCGAUAACAAGAGUUUUUAUAAGACGGCAGACAUUUGUCAAAUGAUGAUAUGUAAAGAAGAGCCUGAUCAAACACCGUCAGAAGAAGAAUCGCCUGCUAAAAAUAAGAAAAAAGAUCCAUAUAAAGUUGAUAAAAAGUUUUUGUAUCCACAUGGAGUAACACCACCAACCAAGAAUGUUAGAAAAAGGCGUUUCAGAAAAACUUUAAAAAAGAAAUAUGUUGAAGCACCUGAAAUAGAAAAAGAAGUAAAAAGAUUGUUACGAGCAGAUAAUGAAGCAGAAAGUUCAACUUAUGAAGUAAUAAAAGAGGAAGAUGAACAAUAUAACAAACCAGAGCCAAUACCGACUCCUACUACUACUACUACUCGUAAACCAGAGAAAAAGCCAAAAGCUGAACGUAACAGCAAAAAAGAGACUGUUACUUCAGCUAAAGCUUCUAGUCAAGAGCCAUCAAAUGUUGUUGACAUCUUUGGUGGUGCAGUCAGUGAUAGUGAUGUCGAGGAUGAUAAAGACAACAUUAAAGUGGAGUUGGAAGAUAGUCGCUUAUCUGCCUAUGACAGUCGAUUGUCUGAUAAUAGCUCAGUUGUUGGAAUUGGUGAGAUGCAAAGAAGAGAUCCGUAUCCCAUAGAAUUUGAGUCACAAAUGUUCCAUGCUCAUAGCAGCAAAAAGUCUAAUAGAAGCCGUGCUGUAACUCCUGCUACUUCAACUGUAACAAGGAGUGGUGGUUUGUCAUCUGAAGACGAUAGCGAGUAUCCAUCACGAGACAUGUCUAAAGAUGAUAUGAGUUUGAAGAUAGAACAACUGAGGACAGAGCUAGAGGAACUUAAGCAAAGACGACAGAGAACUCAGCACGAAAUCGCUGGUAUGGAGAACUUGGCACUACGUCAGAGAUUCCAGGAUAUCUUGCACACUCUUAACCAGGAUGUUAUGUACAAGGAAAUGGAAUAUCAGGGCCUUAUAACAUUACAAAACUCUGAGGAUAUU